AUGUCCGAGAAAUUCCCUGCCCUAGAGGAUCAAAGUAUCAAUUUCACGUCAAAUGAUAAGAAAGAAGACGACACAGAUUUUCUGAAGAGAGAAGCAGAAAUAGUCGGAGACGAGUUCAAGACUGAGCAAGAUGAAGACAUAUUGGAGACUGAUGCUUCUUCUGCCAGGCGUGAUAACGAAAUUAGGGAUUUUGAAGAGCAGUUCCCAGAUAUCAACUCCACCAAUGGCGGAAUUGCCGAUGACCAAAACGGUAGCACUGUUAUAGCUAGUAUUAACGAAAAAGGCGAUGAAGAUGAGGAUUUCUCAAAAUUUGAAGGCGCACCUGCGGAUCCGAAUACAAAAUCUGUUGAAGAGGACCGUUCCGAAGUUGUAGAUCAAUGGAAGCAACGUCGUGCUGUGGAAAUUCAUGAAAAGGAUUUAGAGGACGAAGCAUCAAAGAAGAAGUUGCAGGAUGAGGCUGUGAAACAUGUCGACAAGUUCUACGAUUCGUACAAUAAAAGGAAGGAACAGCAAUUAGAAGCUGCUGCAAAGGAUGCUGAGGCAUUCUUGAAGAAAAGAGAUGAAUUCUUUGGUCAGGACAAUACAACUUGGGAUCGUGUGCUCCAAUUAAUUAACCAAGAUGAUGCCGAUGUCAUUGGAGGAAGAGAUAGGUCCAAGUUUAAAGAGAUCCUUUUGAGAUUGAAAGGUAAUGCCAAAGCUCCCGGUGCUUGA